AGCAUUUUUCUCACUCGCACUCGCUCUAACACCAUACACGUCACUCACCCAAGAGCGAUUAAGACAAAUACUCCUGAUUUGGCAAGUUGCUAUGGCAACACGCUGUUGCCAUGUGCUUGGUAGCUUCAGUUUCUAAUUACAUAUUAACCCGCCUGGAAUUUUUCUUAUACGCAAUUUCCAAUAAAGUAAGAAUCAGCUGCUAGCGUCUUUCGAAGAUUUGCAGUCUCUCAUUGUGAGUUUUGUGAAAAAGGUCACAAUGAGUAAGCCUACGAGAUAUAAAGAGUGUCUUGAACCUGGUUCAGAUGAGCCCAUUCCAUCAAGCUCAAGGUACAGAUACAAGAAAGCACGCGCAGAAAAGAAAGAAACCGAUUCCUUGGUGAAGGUGGAAGAUUUUGAAAUGAUUCAGAAUUUCGAAGAAGACGAAACUUUUCAGAGUCCUGUCUGUGCCGAAGAGACGUUAAUUGAAAGCUCGGACAUUUCCGAACGAGAGAAAAGCACCGCAGAUAGAGCAAGUGAGGUCGCUAAUGAUUUUUUUGCUGAUGCUAUCGAUUAUGAGGUUGAUGAAAUCUUUAUGGACACGAUUGACAACAACACUGAACCGAAAAAUGAAGAAGACGAAGUUGAAAAUUUACAGAAAAAAGGUUUUAUAUCACUCGAAGAUGCAAUAGACAACGAAGUUUUUAGAAAACCUAUUAAUGUGCCGGUCAACAAAACUGUAGGAGAAGUAGUAAUCAUGAUCUUGGAGUUUGUUCUAGUGCACGCGCUUUCAUUAACUGAGGCUACUGAUUUAUUUUCCAUGAUUAAUUGUAUCUUUGCAGAAUCUUUUCUACCAAACACUUGAUAUUUACUUAACAAAU